CUAGUCCCCAGUGCUUCAGGCUGGAGAACAGGCGCUUACUAAGCUGAUCACAUUGAGGAGAUGUUUCUGUUGGUGGCAGUAGCAGAAGUGCUGUUUGUUCUGGGUUUGGUGUGGAAGUCAGAUUCUCUUUGUUCACCCACUACUUUUUACAAAAACUGCUGGAUCCGACGCUUCCCAGGUCUUCUGAUUGAUCUGGAGGAAUCUCAGAAGAGGGGAGCCCAGGUGCUGAAGAUUUACACAGAAGUCACAGCCGAGCAGUGCAGCCGGACCUGCUGCCUUCUGAAGAAUGUUUCCUGUAACCUGGCAGUUUUCUACUUUGAAACUAUCCAUGAGAACAUGAAUUGCCUGCACAUUUAUUGUCCAGCCUUGGAAAGCUGCAUAUUGAGGGCUAGAACCAAUGUCCUUUUGUACAACAUCACAACAGGGAUUGAUCCGGAUCUUCUUGUCUUUGAAAAAUUGUCUUAUAAGGAUCCAAAUACCCGUUCCUCUUUUAACAAAUGGGAAAGGCAAAACAACUCCAGGACCGCUGAUUCGGGAAAAUGCCGACACAAUAAUGUCACACUGAGGUCUCUUCUACUCCAGUAUCCACCUUCUACCACGAGCCAGGGCUUGGUAGCAAAUGGUAGCCAUAGCCACAAUGCAAGUGGCUUGAUCCCAAAUACCAAACCAACCACACGUUCAUGGGCAAGGUCUCUACCCUUGGAUGACCAUUUUGCUAAGGAGACGGAUUUGACUUCAGAAAGUACAGGUUUGACAUCUAAUACAGACAAAAAGGUGUCUGUAUCCACUAAGAUGUUAUCUCCUGUGCCCAGUCCUGCUCGCCUAAACAUCAGUCAGCAGCACUUCAAUGAAACCAAAGGAUUCAGUGGCAGGAACUACACUUCAGAUAACGAGGGUCAAAGACCUGCUUGGGUGGCAGUGGACACAGGUGCCUGGUUUGUCCCUUUGGUGCUUUGCUCUUCUUUCAUCUUCCUUUGCUGUUGUACUGUUCUUCUGGCAGCUGGGCGCUGCAGAAAGAGGAGAGGUCACUACAAGCCAGUGCAGAGAGGAGAGGGAGGGUCCAGGCAGUACAUAAAAUAUACUCUUGUAAAGGAGAGUUUGUAAUAGCAGAUACUGAAAAAGUAAUAAGGAGCUAAAUAACCUUCAUCACUCAUGUUGGUGGAGAAAGAGGCAGCAGCCGUAUUUAGUGAAAUACCUCUCUCAGCUUAUUUCUUGGGGGUUUCCCUUUGGAGAUUUUGAACUAUUUUUUGGCAGAUGUCUCGGCAGCUUUUGAUAACAGUGUCGACUAAACAUCCUGUUAUAAUUCUCUUUUUACUACCCACUGAUCCAAAGAGAUAUAGGGCCAAAUUCUAGUCACAGCUACAUGCUCACAACUUCCACUGAACUCAGAGGUAUUUCUACAUACCUUUGUUUCUCAUUUGAUCAAGAGUAAAGCUAGAAUCCUUUCCUAA